AUGAGGUAUUCACUGUUCGCCGCGUCGGCCCUUGCGUCGCUGGGAAGUGCAUCAUUGGUUGGCCGGGCAGAAAUUGAGCAGAUUGAGGCAAAUGCCGCGUACAGAGCAGUGGAAGUCUACAAAAGAGCUACGAAUGAAGCACCCAAUGGGUAUGCGCCAGCAGAGGUGGACUGCCCAUCAGAUCGGCCGAGCAUCCGGAAGGCAGACACACUUUCAAAAAACGAAACGGAUUGGCUGAACUCCAGGAGACCAAAAACCGUGGAUCCCAUGCGCGAACUUUUGACGAGAAUAAACAUUGAUGGCUUUGAUGCUGGAAAAUAUAUUGACGACAAUCGCGACAACACUACGAAUCUGCCUAAUAUUGGAAUUGCUUUCUCUGGAGGUGGUUACCGUGCUAUGUUAAACGGCGCUGGUGCGCUCGCAGCAUUUGACAGCAGGACCCCCAACGCAACAAACGGCGCAAGUCAGUUGGGAGGACUCCUGCAAGCAUCGACCUACAUUGCUGGUCUAUCAGGCGGUGGUUGGCUUGUAGGAAGUAUCUAUAUGAAUAACUUCACCUCCGUUCAGAACAUCAUCGAUCAAAACGAGCCAGGUGAUGUCUGGCAGUUGGGCAACUCAAUUCUGAAAGGCCCGGAGACUGGAGGUAUUCAAAUUUUGAGCACUGCUGAGUACUACGGCAACCUUGUAAACACAGUCACCGACAAGAAGGAUGCCGUUGGAGGCUUCGACACUUCGCUCACUGACUACUGGGCGCGGGCUCUUUCAUUCCAGUUUGUCAACGCCUCUGACGGUGGCCCUGGAUACACUUGGUCAUCGAUCCAAGAUGAUCCAGACUUCAAGAAUGCCGACGCACCAUUCCCCAUCCUUAUUGCACUCGAGCGCGCUCCUGGAGAGGCCGUUCUAUCGCUCAAUUCCACAAACAUUGAGUUCAACCCAUUCGAGAUGGGCAGUUUCGAUCCGACGCUCUAUGGUUUCGCACCGCUGAGGUACAUUGGUUCCAACUUCUCCAACGGCGAGCUACCAGACAACGAGAAGUGUGUCCGCGGAUUCGACAACGGUGGCUUCGUUAUGGGUACUAGCUCUUCGCUGUUUAACCAGGUCAUUCUGCAGUUCCAAGAUGAUAAUGCCGCCCCGGCCCUGAUUAAGAGCGCUCUGAAAAGUAUUCUAGAGGCACUCGGCGAGAACGAAGAUGAUAUCGCGGACUACACUCCCAAUCCAUUCCAAGGAUACAACAACCGUACCAACCCCAGCUCGAACACCAACAGGCUCACGCUCGUCGACGGUGGUGAGGAUCUGCAGAACAUCCCAUUCAACCCUUUAAUACAGCCGCACCGCGAGGUGGACGUGAUCUUCGCCAUCGACUCUUCCGCCGAUACCGUGAAACCCACGGACUCUGCACAGAACUGGCCCAACGGUACAUCCCUCGUCGCAACCUACGAGCGUACCAACAACGCCACUAUCCAGAACAACACGGCUUUCCCCUACAUACCCGAUACAAACACCUUUGUCAACCUCGGCCUCAACAACCGCCCGACCUUCUUUGGCUGCGACUCCGGAAACCUGACCGGCCGUGGCGUCUCCCCCAUCAUCGUGUACCUCCCCAACGCGCCCUAUGUCUUCCUCUCCAACACGUCCACCUUCGCAAAGCUAGACUACAAUAACACCGAGCGUAACGCCAUGAUUCAGAACGGCUACGAUGUCGCCACUAUGGGCAACAACACUCGCGCGGGCUACGAAGACUGGACCACCUGCGUCGGCUGCGCCAUCAUUUCGCGCUCCCUCAACCGUACAAACACGAAGAUGCCCGACGCGUGCUCGAAGUGCUUCGAUAAGUACUGCUGGAACGGUACACGCGCGGAGAACACUCCCCCACCGUACUGGCCUGAGAUGAUUCUCCAGGAGAUCAACGUCAAGAGCGGGGUAGCCAAGUUCGUGCCCAAUGUUGUUGGGUUGGCUGUGGCCGCGGCUGUCUCGGGGCUGCUUAUGAUGUAA